UUCGUUCUCUCUCUGGUUUCUUCUUUUGUGGCCUCGCAUGGAGACGCUGAAGCCGAUGCUGCCGUCGCCGUCUAGUAUGCCUCGCGGUUCCUCAUCCUACAGAAGCAGCAUCUGCAAGACCCUUCCACUCUCCUCCGUCCCCGCCGCAAGUUCCGCAACAGCGGCGGCGCGGCCUCUCGCCUCCUCCUUUUUUGUCGCAAGAAAGCUGUCGAUGCCAUCCCCAAUUCCCCUCUCUGUCCGAUUUGCAGCUUCUGGUGGUCAAUCAAGCGUGAGCGUCAGUCCUGAAACAGCUGAAUGGGCGAUGCAAGAUUUUUAUGCCUUGCGAAAGGAUGUUGAAACUACUGCUCAGCGUGUAGAAGAAAUAAGAAUAUCUGCUGGUCUGGAACGUUUAGAAGCUGAUCUUGCUUCACUAGAGAAGAAGGCUGCAGAUAGUUCUUUAUGGGAUGAUCGUUUGAAGGCACAGGAAAUACUUCUUUCCUUGACUGAUGUCAAAGAUAAAAUCAAAUUUCUCAAUGAUUUCAAAUCUCAGGUUGAAGAAGCUGAAACAAUAGUUAAUCUGACUGAGGAGUUGGAAACAAUUGAUACUGGUCUUCUUCAAGAGGCUUCCAAGAUAAUUCGAGAACUAAGCAAGGCUCUUGAUCGGUUUGAGUUGACACAACUUCUUUCUGGGCCUUACGACAAGGAAGGGGCUGUAAUUACUAUCACAGCUGGUGCUGGGGGUACUGAUGCACAGGAUUGGGCAGAUAUGCUACUUAGGAUGUAUGUGAGGUGGGGAGAGAAGCAAGGAUACAAGACAAAAGUGGUUGAGAAAUCUAUGGGUGAGGAAGCUGGAAUUAAAUCGGCUUCAGUUGAACUUGAAGGUCGUUUUGCCUAUGGAUAUCUAUCAGGGGAGAAAGGAACACAUCGAAUUGUUCGUCAGUCUCCAUUUAAUGCUAAAGGACUUCGCCAGACGAGCUUUGCUGGUGUUGAAGUUAUGCCCCUUCUUCCUGAAGAAUCUCUAGAUUUAGACAUACCUGAAGAAGACUUGGAAAUUAGCUAUUCUAGAGCUGGAGGAAAAGGAGGACAGAAUGUCAACAAAGUGGAAACAGCAGUUAGAAUUGUUCACAUUCCUACUGGUGUUGCAGUUCGUUGCACAGAGGAAAGGACUCAGUUGGCUAACAAGAUCAAGGCCCUGAGCCGUUUGAAAGCCAAGCUGCUCGUAAUUGCAGAGGAGCAGCGUGCUUCCGAAAUCAAACAAAUAAGAGGAGAUGCAGUGAAGGCAGAGUGGGGUCAGCAGAUACGCAAUUAUGUCUUCCAUCCAUACAAGCUUGUGAAAGAUGUGCGGACCGGGUACGAGACAUCAGACAUCUCGUCGGUGAUGGACGGGGAUCUUGAGUCAUUUAUAAAAGCUUACCUCAAAUACAAGUAUACUACCAGUGUCAGUGAAGCGAGCGUAAAAUAACAUAUUACGUUAAUUUAUUUCGCCUUAUUUCUUUAUUUGUCGUUUAUGUUGGCAAUCACAUUGUUACUUGACAUUUAGAAUAUGUAUCACUUUAAGCAGCUUUUAGUAGAUAAAGAAAAAAGUUGAAGUUCUCUCUGUAUG